UUAAAGAUAAAGUUGGCGAAAUUAUCAUUAAUCAAUUCUGUAAUAGACUAGACCGAUUUACACGAAUCAAAACGGAAGAGAUCAACCCGGACCACUAAACCGAAAAAAGUACAGUUUGAACAACAGUAGCAGAAUUUCCCUUUUAGGAAGCAGAAGAAAACUUUAAUAUAUAUCAGGUGGCCAUUGGGCAUGUGCAUAAAGUUGAAGAAAGAAAUUCCAAGCUUCCUCAAUUGCAGAAUGGGAAUGGAACCCCUGGGAUCUACUUUUGAACACUAAAACACUUCAUUUCCAACUCAAAAGUUACACUAACACUACCCCACUCCAGAUCAUCACCCAUCAUCAAAAGCCUACUCAAGCCACAACCAGCCAUGGCAGCCUCUAUUAUAAGCUAUGCAGAAUUGCAAAAGACACAAAGACUCUUUUGUACCCCCUGUUCCCGGGACACAAACUACACCAUUGUAUCCCACACUUUUUCUCCACUUCUAGUUAACAGCCUGCCCUUUUCAAAACAACAAGCAAAGUAUAGAACAACAACGUUACAAACAAGGGACAUUUUGGCUGGAGAGACAUGGGGAUUACUACAGCUGCUACUACUUCUACUGCAGAAUUGGUUCGUGGGGUCUUCUUCUUCAAGUCUCGCUCUGGCAAACUCCAUCAUGGCCCUCGUGGAAGGAACAGUGUCAUGGAAAAGAAAAGGUGGAGCUCGGUUAAAUCUUACUUGUGUGGGGACGGUGAUCAAUGCAAUUCAGUCCUUGGAGAGAAGGAUGAGGCUUCAGUCAGACACCUGGAAUUCAGUUCUCUCACGGCUGAGGAAAACUCUGCUUGCACAACUACACCGAGCCAAAUUCAUCCACAUCUCACAGAGGAGGAUAUCAUUUCCACCAAAAGUUCUGAGGCAACUGUAACCCAACCUGUUGUAGCAGGAGAUAUGAUCCCCGAUGAAGGAAAUACGGACAGAUUUCUGAACAAUGAGCCUUCAUGGAAGGAGAAGCAAAACUCAACUUAUCGACUCUUCCGGCAAGAAGAUGCUGCAAUCACCAUCCAGUCAGCAUUCAGAAAUUAUCGGGCCCGGGGUUCCUGCCAAAAGACGAGCUUUGAUGAUGGAAAGCAAAAGAGCCUAGCAGAUGCAGAAAUUUGUAGUCCAGCAGAGUCUCUAAGCUCAUCAAUCAAAGUUCAAACGGGAGAUUCAACUAGGGCAUCCUCAGUUGUUGAUGUUGAAGGCAUAGAUCUCAGUCAACCGAUGCACAAGAGAGUUAGAAUCCACGUUACAAAGAUACAGGAAGAAUGGGAUGGUAGCACAGCGAGUAGCAGUAUAUCUAAAAUGAGGAUUCAGAACAGAAUCGAAGCUGCAACAAGGCGUGAGAGAGCUCUUGCAUAUGCUUUUGCACAACAGUUGAGAGUAUGUGCUAAGAAGAAGCGUACCAAAACCAACAGUUUAGAUACUAACAUGAGCCGAAGCUGGCUAGAGCGAUGGAUGGCAACCCGGCAGCCGGAAAAUUCCUUCUUGAAUAACAACCUAAGCAAGAGAAUCGAGCUGUUCCAAGGCUGCAAUCAACUGAUCACUAACAACAGAUUGGAUGGGCCAACGGUCGAGGAGGAGAGCUGUGGAUCUAAUGAGAUUUCCACACAAAUCAGCGAAAAUUGCGAUCCCAUGUUCGGAGAUAGAGCUGCAGAUUAUCUUAGACCUGCCAAGAGAAGGGAAAGCUGGGAUGAGCAAUAUGUCAAGGCAACAAUCCCUCCCAAGUGUGCAGCAUCUCAAGGAGCCAAAGGCAGAGGAGGAGAGAUGCAACAAAGGAAAACCACAGCAGCAAGAGAAUGA